AUGUCUAAAGAUCAAACAAUAUUAGAACAAAGUCCAAAACAAGAUGUGAAAGAAGAAGAUUAUGAUCCCAAGGCUUGGACGGAAGAAAACGAUGAAGGGUCCCGAACACCUACGUCUCAAGAACACAAGAUUUCGAAAACCAGGAUCUGCCCAUCGGCGCCAAGGAAGAAAAAAACAGGGUUUCUGCAUAAGAGAAAAUUUCAAAAUCUGAAGUUCUUUGAAGUUACUGGGGGUGAUGAGGAGAUGGAGGUGUUCUUCCAAUCAUUCACUGAUGGUGCUAGGGUUUCACCACCAGGUACCACUUCCAAGAGGAGAUGUAUCAAUCAAUGA